UUAAAAUCGACUUUUCUCAGAAUUUUCUUUUCAUUUUCAAAUUAUAUUCAUCUGAAACGAGAGAACCAGACAUUAACAGCUGAAUACAAAAAAAAAAAAAAAAACUGAAAAUCGAAGAUAAAAUUUUCCUGGAAAAAUGAAGAACGAUACUCCUAUGGGUCAGCCUGGCUUUACUACACCUGGUGGAGUCGAGCAUGAACCAGCUUCGGAAGGAACUCAAAGUCCCGCAGAUAUGACUGUAUUUGUUCAAAGCCUUCUUCAGCAGAUGCAAUCUAGGUUUCAACAGAUGUCUAACACCAUUGUCUCAAAGAUUGAUGAGAUGGGUAAUCGAAUAGAUGAACUGGAGCAGAGCAUCAAUGAGCUAAGAACAGAGAUGGGAGCUGAGGGUUCUCCUUCACCAUUACCUGGGAAUUCAAAGUCUGAAGCAGUCACGCCUGGUGAUGAACCUAAAUAGGUUCAGGUACAUGGAACAGAGAAUUGGGAGUCUGAGAGGAGUGGGGGUUGUAGUCUACUGGGUACUUUCCUUAUCAUGAUUGGCCCGAGAUUAUUCAUACUGGUUUUUAGUAUAUUGACUUCAUAUGUGUCGUUAAGGAUGUUUCUCUCAUAUUGGUGUUUGAUAGGCUAGAUAUUGCCGUUUGUAUAUGAUAAGGAUAAUCAUAUUGGCUACUGAACCAUCUGAUUUUAACUCCCGAGUUGGGUCAUUUUGAAUGUAAUUUGGGUUUUCCUUUAAUAACCCAGAAGUGUUCUUCUUGAUAAACUGACUAGCCAGUUUGCAUCCCUAUUUUUGAAAUAUGUUUGUGAUUGAUUCCCAA